AUGCGUCUUUCCGACUCUCUCGAGGCAGCAUUGUCUAACCGCAAGCGAGCAUCGCGUCUCAGAAGACUAUCACUAUCUCCGCCAGAGUCCUCUGACUUCUCCUCAAACGACUUCCUCUCCCUCUCGACAUCGGAGCGCCUACACUCUAUCUUCCUCACCGAACUCAACAAGGUCGCACCACGACUAGGCUCGGGAGGUUCGCGGUUACUGGAUGGGAAUUCAACGUACGCAGAAGAUCUGGAAGCGAGAAUCGCGGGGUUUCACGGCGCACCCACGGGGUUGUUAUUCAACUCGGGGUAUGAUGCCAAUGUGGGCUUCUUCUCAUGUGUACCGCAGAAGGGUGACUACGUUAUUUACGACGCCCUAAUCCACGCAUCAGUACACGAUGGAUUCCGUGCAUCACGAAUUAAGGCUGCACGGGCAUUCAAGCACAACGACGUCGCCUCACUCAAGUUCCAGUUGGAGAAGCUAAGGUUGGAAGACACACGGGUACAAUCAGGAGAAGCGAACGUGUUCAUCGCAGUCGAGGCAUUAUACAGCAUGGACGGCGACCUCUCACCACUGUCCGACAUCAUCACGAUCAUGGACGCCGAACUACCGCGGGGAAACGCAUAUCUCGUUCUUGACGAAGCACACUCAACCGGAGUCUACGGAGAUCACGGACGUGGGUGGGCGUCGCUGCUCACACCCCAGCAACAACAGCGAAUUUACGCUCGACUACAUACAUUCGGCAAAGCACUUGCUACCAAUGGUGCUAUCCUAUUGUGCAGAGAGCCAAUACUGAAGGAGUAUCUGAUCAAUUACGCACGGCCAUUAAUCUACAGCACGGCAAUGUCAUACCCGACACUGGUAAGCAUUGCCGCUGUCUACAACAUGCUUCAGCACGGCGAGACUCGACGAUUACAGAAGCAUUUGCACUCCCUUAUCAGCAAGCUUUCAUCACUUCUCGGACGGUUACCAUCGACGCCGUUAUUCACGCUACCUUCACUACCGCUGCAGUCACCAAUAUUGCCGCUGAUUACGUUGCAUCCACGACAACUGGCAGAUGUGUUGCAGAAGCAGGGAUUUAAUGUACGGGCAAUCUGCUGGCCGACGGUGGAGAAAGACAAGGAGAGGGUGAGGGUGUGUCUGCAUGCGGGGAACAAGGAGGAGGAGGUUACAGCACUCGUAAAAGCUGUCGGGCGGUGGUUGAUUGAGAAAGAAGUAGAGGAGAUGCCAAGAGCAAAAUUGUGA